AUGGACCUGGAUUUCAUCGACAAUGGCGACGACGACAACGCCAGCCAACAAUCUUUCCACACCGCCAACGACAGCCUAGAUAGCGACAAUAGCAACGAAUCUUCAUUCCAUUUGGCUCUUACCUACCAGGAGACCUCCGACCAGGAAGAAGAUGGGAUUUGGGGGGCAUUUAGAAGCUUGUUCUCGAAAUACCCAAAUUUAAUUCCCACUCCCUCGCUCCCUUUCACUUCAUCCUCCCCCUCCUGA